GUGAAAUCCUAGGAAAGGAAGCAAAUAAAAUCGCGCACCAGAUCUGCCAUGACAGAUACCUUCGGAAGGACUUGUUUCAGGCCGUACGCUCGACUGUUUGAAAGGAAAAGCGUCGCCAUCAGACACUUUCUUCAUUCCUGGUCGUAGAAAGUUAUCGCGAAAGAAAGAGAUGCUUGAAUUGAGAGAAGGCGCCUGCUUUCCACGGGUGUUGGUGGGUGUCAAUGUGGUUCUUGCUCUAGUUGAUGCCAUUAUUGCCGUUCUUGCAUUUUAUCAGUUGAUAAGGAUUCACUCAAGGAAUUCACAAGUUGUCUGGACUCGCCAAAAAGUGUUUCACUUAAUGAUUGGAUCUUCUAGUAUGGGUUACUUCAUUUAUUUUGUAUUAGCUCUCCUUGCUGCUUGCAAGGGUUGGCCGUGUUGGUCUAACUCUUGUGGUUUUAUCGUCAUGGCUUUCCCAAAAAUUCUAUUUUUUGCGGCGUUUCUUUUACUUUUAUCAUUCUGGGUUGACCUUUGCCAUCAGGCAAAUGAUGAGGAUGAUGAAUAUGAAGAAAGCAGUUCUCAGGAAGCUUUAUUGGAUAAGACCUUAAAUAAACCAAGUUCGUCAAAAACAGAUGGUCAUAGAAAGUGUUUUCCCCUCCGCUUUUUCAAUGUUGGAAGCCGCCAAAAGAUUGUGAUAUUGGUUACUGUUCUAGUUUUUGUUGUAAUGAUGGCAUGUGCUCUAAUAAUCUGGAUUGGGAUGGGAAAGAAUCCUAUUGAUUCUGCAGUUGUGGCUCGGGUGUAUGUAGACUUUUUUGCCAUAGCAAUACUUUUAUUAGGAGGAGCAUUAGCAUGUUAUGGACUUCUAUUAUGCUUGAAGAUUAGCAAAGUUAGAUCUGAGCAAGCUUCAUCUGAAAUGUGGAAGUUUGCAGGUGUAGCUGUUGUUUCUUUGCUCUGUUUCACUUCAAGUUCUUUUGUAGCUCUUUUAACUGAUAUUCCGAUGCUAUAUCACUGGUAUCAACAUCACGUAAAUGUUGUUUGUGCAUCUCUUUUACUGAUUGUUUAUUAUUUUAUAGGUUCAUCAAUACCCUCAGCCUUUAUAUUAUGGAUCAUGAGAGAAUUACCGCCAUCAAUAGUAGCUAACAUACGAGAAGCAAGUACAAUAGCUUUCAUUGCUGAUAGUUCACUUUCAGUGCAUCAUCCUUGGUGCUGGACAGCUGCAACACAGAAUCAGUUUUGCCCGUGCAGAUAUCAAGAGCCAGUCCUAUAUAAUUGACUUUCUGAAUGCAAAUGACUGACAUUUCUGAAUGGAGAAUGGUGUGAACGUGACACAGAUGGUAUUAAAAUAGACUGCUGAGUUACAUCCUUUGAUGGCAGUCGGAGUACGACCUCAAGGUUGCUGAUUGCCUCGGUUUUGACAUUAUUAGCAUGUGUUUACCGACUGUAUGUUGUCAAAAUGUAUAUAGUGACAGUAUCCUAAUCAAGGGAUUUUCUACUUCUCCAGUUACAAAAAAUUUUAAAUGCUGAUUGUUCCUAAUCAGGGAAUC